GUUGGGUUAUUGACGCUUCAUAGAUAUGAAGUUACUACCGCAUGAAAGUGAUCAUAUUGGGGUGGUUUUAUUGUUCCAGGGCCGUUUUAAGUAUCAACCUGGCCAAGUGAGAGCCUUUGGUAUGCUUGCUGGUGGCUCUGGCAUUACUCCAAUGUUCCAGGUUACAAGAGCUAUUUUAGAAAACCCAAAGGACGUGACGAAGGUGCAUCUCAUUUAUGCUAAUGUUACAUUUGAGGACAUUCUUGUAAAGGAAGAAUUGGAUGGCCUUGCUUCUAACUAUCCUGAUCGCUUCAAGAUUUACUAUGUGCUGAAUCAGCCUCCUGAGGUAUGGAAUGGCGGUGUCGGGUUUGUAUCCAAGGAAAUGAUUCAAACCCACUGCCCUGCACCAUCAUCUGAUAUUCAGAUCCUGAGGUGUGGCCCACCACCUAUGAACAAGGCGAUGGCUGCUCACCUUGAAGCUCUUGGAUAUGCACCGGAGAUGCAGUUCCAGUUCUGAUAAUCUUGUGGGGUCAUUUUUUCGAAAUUCAGGCAUGUUUAGUAGCCCUUUUCACUGGUUGGGCAUAAUACAGUUUUGUUAUGUUAUGUCAUGUUGUGUCUCUCAAGAGUUUUUAAUGGAACUGUCAUGCAUUGGAUCAACUGUGAACUUUCUUGCUAACCACUUUAAUAAAGGAUUUUCCCUGGAUUUAAACUUACA